AUGCAUCACCGUCAUCCCAACAAUCGAAGCGACAGGAGGGCCUUGCGAGUCUUCCAAGCCAACGUGGGCAAGAUCCCUCCGGCGCAUGACACUGCGCUCGCGCUGGCUGAUUCGGAGCGAUACGACAUUAUCCUGCUGCAGGAACCAUGGACAGGACUUAAAGACGGCCGAUGCCUCACCAAGACGCAUCCGGCCUACGACACAUUCUCACCCGUCACCGACUGGGACGGCCGCGACACUCGUCCGAGAGUCAUGACAUACGUCCGGCGCUCCGCAGGCCUCGUCGCUGAUCAAAAGAGACCUGCGGCGACUCGUGACAUCCUUUGGCUCGCCGUGAACGGGACGACAGUAGUUAACUUCUAUCGGCAGCCGGACUACGACGCGGCUUUGGAAAUACUGCUGGGCCGGCCGACAAGAGCACCGCGCACGAUCGAUCUCGCCUUCUCCAAUAUACCUUUGGCGGACGCGAUUGUUGAGGAUCAUUUAGCAACCGGGUCCGACCACUUUACUCUUAGUAUCACGCUGCCUAGUCAAGCCCUAGCACCCCUUCCAUUAUGCAAGAUCCGCCUCAACUCCGAUGAGGAAUUGAAGCGAUUUGUCGAGCUGGUAGAAGCCGGUGCAGCUUUCAUCCCGACUACAACCUCAACUCCCUCCGAGCUGGACAACUUUGCGUCGGCGCUGGUGGACCUUCUUGGUUGUGCAGCGAGAGCUGCUGGCCGACCAGUCCGUAAGACGACGCAUGGGGCGCGGUGGUGGAACGAAGAGUGCGCAAAGGCGGCGGCCAAUUAUCGCGCGUGGAGGAGGGUGUACCCUCUCGGCUUCGACCGAGAAGUGCAGCUAGCCAAGCGGGAGCUUCACAAUGCAGUGCGCCGAGCAAAACGCCUUUACUGGCGUGAUUUGAUCGACAGCUUUGCCGACGGCGACUCCGUCUUUCGGGCGGUCCGCUGGCUAAAAUCCUCAGGGCCGUGCCAGGCACCUCCCCUGCAAGUAGACGGCCGAGUGUACGAGACGCAGCUGGAGAAAGCCACCGCCUUGCGGCGAGCAACUCUGGAGCGGCGCACAGCGAGCGACGACAUCCCAGACCCGUGGAUUCCCGUGAACACGGAUAAGAUGAUUCCCUUUCCCGAUCAGGUCUCCUUCGAGGAGGCUCGCGACGCCACUCUACGCACCGGGAACACAUCUCCAGGCUCGGACAACAUCACGGUGCGGAUGCUUCGCGCUGUCUGGCAUGCAAUCGAAGUGGUUAUGAUCGCCAAGCUAGGACGCAGAGAUCUGUCUACACCUCGCGCCUGGCGCCCCAUCUCCCUUUUGUCUUGUCUCGGCAAGGGCCUCGAGCGGCUCAUUGCACGGCGUCUAGCGUGGGGCUCAAUCCACUUCGGCGUACUACACCCACAACAAGCCGGCGCGCUUCCGAAGAGGUCGGCCGUGGAUCUCGUAGCUGCCUUGGUUCACGACAUCGAGGAGGCAUUCGCCCGGAAGCAAGUCGCAACCCUGGUGACCUUGGAUAUACAAGGCGCCUUCGAUACAGUUCUCUGCAAUAGAUUGGUCCUCCGCUUACGAGAACAAGGAUGGCCAUCGAACCUCGCGCGCUGGGCCGGCUCGUUCAUGCAGGACAGAUCGGCACGCAUCCGCUAUCAAGACAUCGUGACGGAUUCAUCGCCCUCCAGUGCGUCUGCCGCAGGGUCGCCCGUCUCGCCGAUCCUCUUCCUGUUGUACACGGAGCCGAUAUAUCGCCUAGGUCACUCUCAGGGACGCUUCGGCUACGCGGACGACACUGCCAUUCUAUGCGUCGGUAAUAGCCUUGAUGAAACGACCGCCGAAGCAUCUCACCAUGAGACUGACGAACACGAAGCAUGGCCUCUGCCGAGUGCUAUGCGACGAGCCGUCUGCGCUUGCGUCAUCCCCGUGCUACUGUACGCGGCGGAGGCCUGGUACCCUGGUCCGAAAAGCCCGCGCUGGACGAAGCCUUCCAAGGAGGGGCCGUCGGGGAUUGGCAACCUCGUCAAGAAGAUGAGCAAGGCACUCUACACGUCUCUUCGGGCUAUUCUGCCAGUGUGGAGGACGACACCGACGAACGUGCUGCACAGGAGGCGAGAAUACCGCCCGUUCCUCUACUCCUCGAAGGGCGUCGGACGGCCUUUGCUGCGCGCCUUAAAGCUCUCGACGAAGCUCACCCGCUCGUCCAGCGCACGUCGCGACCAAAAGCUCCCACUGCGGCGAGCCGACGAAAUGCUAUCGAGCUGCCCGAGACCUGCUUUACUGCAGCGCGGAUUUGCCGAAGAGCAGACUGCGCCUCUGCAGAGUGCAUCGAAACACGAGACGGCGAAAAAAUUUCGCGACUGGCUUCAGGCACUAUCGCCCCGAACUCUUGUCGUCUACUCCGACGGGUCUCGUUCUGAGGAAGGCCACAUCGGAUACGGCUAUGCUGUUCACCGGGACGGAUCCACCGUCUUGAGCGGCAAGGGCCGUCUUGGAACAGCUGAGGUUUUCGACGCUGAGGCGAAAGGUGCAUUGGAGGGGUUGAAGGCUGCGGUGAGCCUUCCAGAAACUGACCGCAUCUUUGUCUGCCUCGACAACCUCGCGACCGCAACAUGCUUACGGGGCACGCCGAACGACUCCUCGCAAGAGGUCUUCCUUGACUUUCAAUCUUUGGCGGGAGCAUCACUGCCAGAACCCGCUGAUGGCGAACCGACGCUAGCGCAUCUGCGAAAAAUUGCCCGACUGCAGCGGAAAGAGGCUUUCAGUGCCUGGUGGGAAACCUCUGCGCCGGAGCGAUACAGAGACCUGAGGCUUAAAGCCACAACCAGCUGUUUGGUCACGACGAUGCGCGACUGA